AUGGCACAUAAAUUUCGAAUUUCGACUCGUUUUGAUGUAGCCAUCAACUCCAAGCCAUCCGGGCGCAUCGUGUUCCAGCUAUUCGACGACACAGUCCCCAAAACCUCGCGCAACUUCCGCGAACUCGCGACAGGUCAGCAUGGGAAUACGACGACAGUCACCAGACUCAGCGAUACUUCAUCUGGUCAACGUUACGCUCAGAGUACCCUGAACAAAAAACCCAGGCUAGUCAAGAAAGAGGAUGUGGUACAAUCGUCCAAUCAUGCCGAGAAAAUGUCCUUGGAUCGUUCUCGUGCGCGCUGUGAUGAUAGAGAAUUCCCAGCUAUCCAAAGAGUUACGUGUACUGCGCAAAAGAUCAGCAAAACGAAAGUGGAGAAAUGUUAUAUGUUGAAGGAGAAAGAUUUGAUCGGCCUUGAAAGAGAAACAAGAAGUGUAAGGUUUUGGCAGCCACCAGACAUUCCGCAAAAUGUUUGGGCACCUAUUUAUCUUUAUCGGGAGUACGAAAUUGAACGUGUGGCUUGGAAAAAGUUUGGGGGUUACCACGGAUUUCUCAAAGCGUGA